GUCCCAACAAUCAACAUCCCAAACUCGCGGAGCGGUGGAUAUCGCCCUACGGGAUUGCACGCUGGGGUUUUUUUUUUUAAAUUCGGUGAACAACAACAACAACAACAAAAAAAGAAAAACACAACCAGCGCCACAACAGCAGAAGAUAUUAAUAGGCUCGACACGCGCGUUUCGUGCCCGAUCCUCUCGUCGUUCUGUUCCUUUUUCUUUUUUCCAGGGGAGAGAUCGUUUUGGUGCGAGGGGGGAUACAACCCAACGUCCAGACAUUAUGUCAAUGCUGCCCUCCUUUGGCUUCACCCAGGAGCAAGUGGCGUGCGUGUGCGAGGUGCUCCAGCAAGGGGGGAACCUGGAGAGGUUGGGACGGUUUCUCUGGUCGCUGCCCGCCUGCGACCACCUCCACAAGAACGAGAGCGUGCUCAAGGCCAAGGCGGUGGUGGCCUUCCACCGCGGAAACUUCAGGGAGCUCUACAAGAUCCUGGAGAGCCACCAGUUCUCCCCGCACAACCACCCGAAGCUGCAGCAGCUCUGGCUGAAGGCGCACUACGUGGAGGCGGAGAAGCUCCGGGGGCGACCGCUCGGCGCAGUCGGGAAAUACCGGGUCCGGAGGAAAUUCCCCUUGCCCCGGACGAUCUGGGACGGCGAGGAGACGAGUUACUGCUUCAAGGAGAAGUCCCGGGGGGUCCUGAGAGAGUGGUACACCCACAACCCCUACCCUUCUCCCCGGGAGAAGAGGGAGCUGGCCGAGGCCACGGGACUGACCACCACGCAAGUCAGUAACUGGUUCAAAAACAGGAGGCAGAGAGACCGAGCCGCGGAGGCGAAGGAAAGGGAGAACAGCGAAAACAAUAACUCCGGCAACAACAAACAGAACCAGCUCUCUCCCCUGGACGGGGGCAAGUCUCUGAUGUCCAGCUCGGAGGACGAGUUCUCUCCGCCCCAGAGCCCAGACCAGAACUCCGUCCUGCUGCUGCAGGGAAACAUGACUCACCCCGGGAACUCCAGUUACCCACUGACCGGCCUCAGCGCCUCCCAGUCCGUACACAACAUCCAAGGACACCCGAACCAGCUACAGGACUCCUUGCUCGGACCGCUGACUUCAAGCCUCGUCGACCUGGGGUCUUAAAACCAUAUCCAGAGGGUUUUUUUUUUACAUAAAGGAGAAAGACUAAGAUCCGACACUUUCAAUGUACAUAUAUAAAUAUAUUAUAAUAAAAUUUUAAAAUCCCUGAGUUUUCUGAUGUGAAAUUUCACACAGUGGUACUUAAAAAAAAAGCAGUGGACCGUUGCUGGACUUUUGGUCAAGUCGUUAAUUUGGACAGAUGACUAAAAACGACACCGCUUGAAUUAAUGCUCUUCUUCACGACCCGGACUCGUCGGUUUUUUAACAGCCUGGAUGCUCAUGACGCCAGGUCCACAUCUGAGGCAGAACUGUCAUCGUCAAAAAUCGUCAAAAAAAAAAACCCUUAAAACAUCUGCCUUUGAACUUGCCUUAUUUUAUUUUUUUUUUGCUUAAUUUAUGAAGUUUUUUUCUUUCCAGAGAGUUUGAAUUCACAGGGAAAUCGUGCUUUGGGAACUGAGAGGAAGGCUGUCAAAUGAAAACAUCUCUGAAGUUUACAUUUUCGUAACGAGAAUACUGUUCCGGCUUCAGCUGGUUUCCAAUAAACGUAAGCGUAUGGCGAGAGAAAGUG